AUGCCUGGUGCGCCAGCCGCAGAGGAUGGUCAUGCCACGGAGCACCUGGGGACGGAGGCGGAGCCGGUGAAGUUGCCGCACCCUUUGGAGACGCGCUGGACCUUCUUCAACACGCUCAGCGGGCGGCGGCAGGAGGAGGACCCCGGGGGCGCGCCCUACCUGGACGAGCGCGGCAAGCGGCACUGGCUGAGCGCGGCGGGGGAGUGGCAGGACGACCCGGGGCCAGGUCCCGUCAACAUUGACUACCGCUUUGUGUGGGUGGAGCUGUGGAGCGCGGACCAGCGGCGCGUCUAUUACUUCAACCAAGAGACCCAGUCCUCCAGCUGGGACCGGCCCGUGGACCUGGCCUGGAUCCGGCUGCCGGCGGACGUCGCAAUCGGGGAUGCCGCCGGCGGCGGCGGCGGCGGCCUCGGGGGAGCCGGCAGCGCCGCCAGCAGCGUGCAACCCAGCGGCAGCAGCGUGGAGGUUGGCAGAGCCAGCAGCGAGGAAGGCACCAGCGGCAGCGGAGGUGACCAUGCCGAGGCGGACGCUGCAGCGGCUGCCACGCAGGCCACACCUCAGAGCGGAGGCACAGACGGUGGCAGCGGCGCUGCCAGUUCGGACAGCAGCAGCGGCGGCAGCAGCGAUGAGAAUGAUGGAGGCAGGAGCAGCGCCAACGAGGGCGGUGGGAGCGGUAGGGGCGGCGGCACUGGGGCCGGAGGAACGGAGGCGGAAGCGGAGCAUGCCGCUGCUCAGUGA